AUGGCCGACCACAUGGACGUCGAUGAUGAUGAUGCAGACCUCUGGACAUCGCCAGUGAAAAAUCCCCCGUCAGAGCGUCCGAAAACUCCAAAAUCUCCCAGAACACCUCGAACCCCAAAGACACCACCGCACAAUGACCGCCAGUCCGAGCCGCUCGACCGAGAAGCAAUGCUGAAAAAAGAGCUGGAGGGGGUGCGAACCAUCAACCGAGUCAUCGAGGGCGUUAUUGGCACUCUGCAGCGGACAGGCAACAAUAUGGAUUCCGUCUCCAGAACCGUCUCGAAUGCUUCCACGCUGCUCAAUACCUGGACUCGCAUCUUGUCCCAGACAGAACACAACCAACGCCUGAUUCUCGAUCCAACAUGGAAAGGCGCAACAAACGAUUUGGCUGAGAUUGAGGCCGAAGCAUUGCGGAAACAACAGGAAGAGGCUCGCAAAGCUGCAGAGGAAGAGGAGCGCAAAGAAGAGCUUCGACGGCGGCGGGAGGAGGAGGAAUUAAGAAGAAAGUUGCCUGCCUCGGCUUCUACCCGGGGAACACGCGGCUCUACUGCCGGCCUUCGUGGAGCUCGCGGCCGAACCAGGGUGGCUACAGCGUCAUCAAGGAUGCGCUCAAGGUCGUCGUCAAGGAUAGCCACCAGCUCAGGCUAUGCGGGAAGCAGCACCAUAUCAGCCUCAAGUAGCCGUGGCACCUCUGGCAUAGGGAGAGGACUUGGAACGACUAGGAGUCGUUAUAACAGAGCGAAAUAG